ACUCUGGUGUCAGUGGAGAUUUAUGUUCUGCAUCAUGAAGAAAAAUCAAUUAUGCACACAUUCGUAAUUUAAAAAAAAAAUACAUCGAUUACAAUUUCUAGUAGUCUGAGUAAUUUGUAUAUUUAUUCACGUUCUGGUCCUUGUCACCACGAUACGAAUCUCCAAUGGUGUAAUAUUUUGUGAUUUAUAAGAUGAACGAUGACGGUUUAAUAUUAUUGCAGCCAAGCACGUUUUGAGAAAUGUAUAUGUAUUUAUUAUGACUGAUGCAAUUUUAUUUCAGUGCCACGUUUGGAUGGAAGGAACCACAUUCUCCGCUUGCUGUGUUUCCAAGGGGACUACAUUCCGUGCAGGACCUGGACUGCAUGCGGCUGCCGCUGCUGUGGUGAACUUUGCGUUCGUCUCGUUCUCGCACCAUGCCGACCGACAACAAACGCGUUCGCGGGCCAGAAGUGUCGCAGAGCCCGUCUCUGUUUCUUUGCAAGCCCGCGGUGGUUGUCCCGCCGCCGUGCGGGCCCAGGCCGGACGGUCGCCAGCGGGACCAGGUGGACGUCCGCGCCGUGUUCGUCCGGUGCGGGCUGGUGAGCCAGGCCAAGGGCUCCGCGUACAUCGAGGCCGGCGACACCAAGCUGAUGUGCUGCGUGUACGGCCCCAAAGAGACGGAGCGCAAGGACGAGACCGACAUGAAAUGUGGAAGAUUGACAACUGACAUGCGCUUUGCUCCGUUUUCCUGCCCGGAGAGGGGCUCCUGGAUCCAGGGGAGCCAGGACAAAGACUUCUCGCUGAUGCUGCACGAGAGUCUGCAGCCGGCGGUGUGUCUCCACAAAUACCCGCGCUCUCAGAUCGAGGUCAACGUGAUGGUCCUGGAGAACAGCGGUUCGGUUCUGGCCCACGCAGUCACGUGCGCUUCCCUCGCUCUCGCGGAUGCUGGGAUCGAAAUGUACGACCUGGUACUCGGUUGCUCCAUCCGGCAGGACGGUGGCUCUUACGUGGUCGACCCUUCUUACACGGAGCAGAACGGCUGCAGCUCAGUCCGCAGCGAGAACCAGGGCAAUCUGACUGUUGCGUUCCUCCCCAGCCUGAACCAGAUUUCUGGGCUGCAGUCGGAUGGAGAAAUGACUGAAGAGACUCUGGCGGCCGGGGUUCGGACCUGCAUCGAGGGAUGCUAUAAACUGUACCCAGUCAUCCAACAAGCCCUGGCCAAGUCUGUUCGCAGGGCCGCGCCCCCACCAUCAGAGAGCUGAGAGACUCCUCAACCAAUAACUGCUCAGUUCAUAGUUUUUUCUAAUUUACAAUGUCCAGACUUUACAUUGACAACAUAACCUAUUUUUCUAUGUUUGCUACUAUGUUCUUUGAAUAAUGAAACUGUUUAAACUUUGCAUUUGGAGCUUUAAAGUUGAUUGACACUGGAGAAGGAAAAAAAAAAUUUAAUUAGAGGAAUGGGAUUGCUCAUCUGUAAUAUUUUCUCAAUUUUGUGUGAUGAUGUAAAGUGCAACAAUACCCAAAAUAAAGUUAUCUGGUAGAAAACUA